AUUCAAGUUUAACUGGCAAAUCUAUUAUUUGAGUUGUUCAUUAAAUGUGUGGACAUCUAAUUCGUGUUUCCUCCGUACGGAACAAAAAUGUUGCCGUUAAAUUGCAGUACGGAAUUAUAUAUAUAGCGGGACUUAUUCGGUCCCAUUACAUGUUCGUAGCAGACCAGGUAAUGUUGUAAGUUGUUGUCAAAGACAGUGACCCGGGAGAAACUUAAAGGGUAAAUAACAGAUUCACGAGGUAUCCCAUACGUGGAGUUGGAAAUGCCUGCUGGUGUGUCCUGGCCUCGCUACCUCAAAAUGUUUGGGGCGAGUAUUUUAACCAUGUUUGCUGGUGCAGAAGUGGUUCAUCAAUACUACAGACCCGACCUGUCUAUUCCUGAUGUUCCCCCCAAGCCUGGUGAACUGAGAACAGAACUUCUCGGAGUAAAAAAAACAGACAAGCAGUCCUGAUGUUUAACACAAGUCUUUGUACAUUUUGGACAUUCUAUUAGUAUGUAUAAAAAAAUUCUUAUUGAAUUGUGUUUUAUGGAUAGAAGUUUGUGACUUGAAAAUAGGAGUCAUUAUUAAAUGCAAAGCUGGUAAAAUAAAAUAGUGUGUUGUAGUUAUGUUUGAUUUGUUUUAAUGCCAUGGAGGUUACCUCAAGUGUUGCUACUGUUAAUUGCAAAUCAUGUAAAAUUAAAUAAACAAAUCAGUUAUGGAUUUGUGAAAA